AUGGCCGACUUUCCAGUCACCAAUGGCAUCACAACUGUCAUUAAGGCUCCCGGGGGCUACUUGGUAGACUUUGAGCAUCCGCAGCAACAGAAAGUGCUCGAACACUACCUGGUAUUCGGUAUCUUGGGGCCCUUGGCAUUUUUGACUCUGAUCCAGAGAUUCUACACCAAAUUUUGUCUGUCCGACGGCCCAAAGAUCGACGAUUUUCUGAUAUUCUUCGCAUGGGUUUGUUCUAUUGUCAUGCAGUCGGUGCAAAUAUGGUCUAUAUCGAUAGGGGGGCUGGGUCAUCACGCCUUCGAAAUGUCCAUACAGAUAUACGAGAAGCAUAUGCUGAGCUCCUAUAUUGUUGCCCCGGUGUUUAUCACCUGUAACGGCUUGACGAAAACUUCACUCUUGACCGCCUAUCUCAACAUUUCACCACAAAGAUGGUACCGAAAUGCGAUCCUGACAGCCAUUGCAAUGGUUGCUGCAUACACUGUCAUCAUCGCAUCACUUCUUCUUUUCCACUGCCAACCGAUUCGCACAAACUGGGACCCGUACACCUCCGGAACAUGUCUCAACUCAGCAGUACUUUACAUGGCCAUCGCCGUUUCCAACAUUGUUUCUGACGUUGUACUUUUCAUCAUACCGAUUCCCAUGGUCCUUCGUUUGCAGAUGCGGCCGGCUGUCAAAGUCGGAGCCGUGCUCAUGUUUGGCAUUGGAUCCAUAACUGUUACAACAUCUGUCGUCCGCAUGAUUUACUUGCAGUCACUUCUUUCAUCCAACGAUAUUCCAUGGGUAGCAGCCCCUGCGAAUGUCUGGUCUUUCGUCGAGGUAAAUCUAUUCGUAAUAUGCGGCUCAAUGCCUACCCUGCGCAGGUUCUUCCGUGCAAUGGAUCCCAGAUUGAUUGCCUCGGAAGGAUCGAGAGUGAAAACAAGCACUCAUGCCAGUGUUUCUCGUGGGCCACGCAGCAGAUAUUCGCAGUUUGACGUUGAGAUGGAUAGUAUUUCAAGCGAAAGUGCAGUUCUGGAGGAAAACAAGCAAAGGAAAACAAACAUGACGGAGUAA